AUGAACACACAGUAUAAUAAUACUGAGUAUCUAUACACUGAUAAUGAACACACUGCUCUGUAUAAUGAUACUGAGUAUCUAUACACUGAUAAUGAACACACUGCGCUGUAUAAUAAUACUGAGUAUCUAUACACUGAUAAUGAACACACUGCUCUGUAUAAUAAUACUGAGUAUCUAUACACUGAUAAUGAACACUCUGCGCUGUAUAAUAAUACUGAGUAUCUAUACACUGAUAAUAAACACACUGCACUGUAUAAUAAUACUGAGUAUCUAUACACUGAUAAUGAACACGCUGCGCUGUAUAAUAAUACUGAGUAUCUAUACACUGAUAAUGAACACGCUGCGCUGUAUAAUAAUACUGAGUAUCUAUACACUGAUAAUGAACACACUAUGCUGUAUAAUAAUACUGAGUAUCUAUACACUGAUAAUGAACACUAUACUGCUGCACUGUAUAAUAAUACUGAGUAUCUAUACACUGAUAAUAAACACACUGCACUGUAUAAUAAUACUGAGUAUCUAUACACUGAUAAUGAACACACAGUAUAAUAAUACUGACUAUCUAUACACUGAUAAUGAACACACACUGCUAUACACUGAUAAUGAACAUGAUACUGAGUAUCUAUACACUGAUAAUGAACACACUGCGCUGUAUAAUAAUACUGAGUAUCUAUACACUGAUAAUGAACACACUGCUCUGUAUAAUAAUACUGAGUAUCUAUACACUGAUAAUGAACACUCUGCGCUGUAUAAUAAUACUGAGUAUCUAUACACUGAUAAUAAACACACUGCACUGUAUAAUAAUACUGAGUAUCUAUACACUGAUAAUGAACACGCUGCGCUGUAUAAUAAUACUGAGUAUCUAUACACUGAUAAUGAACACGCUGCGCUGUAUAAUAAUACUGAGUAUCUAUACACUGAUAAUGAACACACUACGCUGUAUAAUAAUACUGAGUAUCUAUACACUGAUAAUGAACACACUGCGCUGUAUAAUAAUACUGAGUAUCUAUACACUGAUAAUGAACACACUGCACUGUAUAAUAAUACUGAGUAUCUAUACACUGAUAAUGAACACACUGCGCUGUAUAAUAAUACUGAGUAUCUAUACACUGAUAAUGAACACACUGCACUGUAUAAUAAUACUGAGUAUCUAUACACUGAUAAUGAACACACUGCGCUGUAUAAUAAUACUGAGUAUCUAUACACUGAUAAUGAACACACUGCGCUGUAUAAUAAUACUGAGUAUCUAUACACUGAUAAUGAACACGCUGCGCUGUAUAAUGAUACUGAGUAUCUAUACACUGAUAAUGAACACACUGCCCUGUAUAAUAAUACUGAGUAUCUAUACACUGGUAAUGAACACACUGCGCUUUAUAAUAAUACUGAGUAUCUAUACACUGAUAAUGAACACACUGCGCUGUAUAAUGAUACUGAGUAUCUAUACACUGAUAAUGAACACACUGCGCUGUAUAAUAAUACUGAGUAUCUAUACACUGAUAAUGAACACACUGCACUGUAUAAUAAUACUGAGUAUCUAUACACUGAUAAUGAACACACUGCGCUGUAUAAUAAUCCUGAGUAUCUAUACACUGAUAAUGAACACACUGCGCUGUAUAAUAAUACUGAGUAUCUAUACACUGAUAAUGAACACACUGCGCUGUAUAAUAAUACUGAGUAUCUAUACACUGAUAAUGAACACACUGCGCUGUAUAAUAAUACUGAGUAUCUAUACACUGAUAAUGAACACACUGCUCUGUAUAAUAAUACUGAAUAUCUAUACACUGAUAGUGAACACACUGCGCUGUAUAAUAAUACUGAGUAUCUAUACACUGAUAAUGAACACUCUGCUCUGUAUAAUGACUCAGUAAGGGCAAUUAACACUUUCUGGCUUAGUGGUGCAUCAUUGCAAAAAUUUGCUCCUUAA